CAUGAGAAAGCUUGAUCGGGGAAGAAUAAUAAAUCGCAAUGAUGCUUCUUUCACCUAUCGGAUGAUCAACUUAGCCGGAACUUACAUAUAUCAUAUUGCUUGUACUAGCAAUACGCUUUGCGGUACUACGACAAGAACACGGUCCUCCAGAGAUCCGCUACUGGCUUCGUCAUAUCUAUCUGAGGAGAGGCAUUGAUUCAAUAAUGCGGUUGCUGGAUGUUAGAACCUCGAAGUCGUGGUGGAAGCAUACCGGGCACACAAUACAUCCACCUGGCAGACCGGGCUUAUCAGCAAUUCCGCUCCGACUUCCGCCCUUCACCUCCGCAACUCGCAUCCCGCCAUGCGAACAAGUCUCCUCUCUAGCUCAACGAGCGAUUAUGCUAGUUUCUAACCCAAAAUGCUACGUCAAACGAUGGAGCGGGUAUUUCCCCGCGUAUUUCCUCCUAUAACUCGAACGCUUUCAUCGCCAGUCUCUGCCUCUCCGCUCGCAUCGCAUAGCCGCAUCACCUUAGUCCAAACAUUUGCACGCGAUGGCCCACGUUUCCGCUCUGCUCCUCGAGUCCCCCACCAACCACAGACCCGUACAUUCUCAAGCUCUGGCCAUAGGCGCAGCAAUGGAGGCUAUAACCGGUUUAAUGAUUCGGGUCCCCGAAACCCACGAAUGGCGCCGCUUCAUCAACUAAUGAUGCGGGCGAGAACCGAACAUUUCGUUAUACUUGGCCUCGGAACAUGGGCAUUCUAUUACUAUAAUACCGAGGAAGUGGAGAUGACCGGCCGCCGGCGGCUCAACCUCAUAUCAGCCGAACGUGAGCGGGAGCUUGGAGAGAAGGCCUAUCGAGAAAUACUCCGGGAAUUCAAGGGCCAUAUUCUGCCGAAUUCUCACCCAACCUCUCAGGCCGUGCACCGCGUCCUCGAGCGACUCAUUCCUCAGGCACAUGUCGAAGGCGCCCAAUGGAGGGCCCACGUCAUCGCAGCGCCUGGUGAGCAGAACGCUUUUGUCCUCCCCGGUGGCAAAGUAUUCGUUUUCACCGGCAUUCUGCCUUUCUGCGCCGAUGAGCAAGGUCUAGCUGCGGUGCUGGCUCAUGAGAUUGCGCAUGUUGUUGCUCAUCAUGGCGCGGAGGGUAUGACCCGAAACUACCUUCUGACAGCUCUCGUCACGGUCGUCUCGCUUCUUUUCGAUGUUUCGGGCGUCAUUCCUGCACAGCUGUCACACUUUUUGAUCGACUUGCCUAAUUCUCGGGUGCAAGAGGCCGAGGCGGAUGAUAUGGGUUUAAUCAUGAUGGCUCGAGCCUGUUACAACCCCGCGGCUGCCAUUGCAUUCUGGCAUCGCAUGGCGCAGAACAAACAGGCGGGUGAAGUCCCUCAGUUGCUGUCAACGCACCCUUCGAACGAGAACCGUCUCCUAGCUCUCAAUGAAAAACUCAGCGCAGCACAAGCAAUCUACCACGAUAGUGGUUGCGGUGAGGUAACCUCUUUCAUGCCGGGAUUCAGGAAAGCUGUUGCAGACCACGAGAUGUGGUGAGAGGCAUGAUCUUUGAGAUUGACGGGCGACUUAUCAUACUUGUACAUAAUUGAUCUAAACAAUCUCCCAAAUCUGUAUUUAUACAUAAUU